GCCCAACACUGAGCUCCAAAAACACGGGGAAAUCUCGAAUUUCUUUCGCAGUUUCAGAGUUCACAGAGACCUAAUGGAGAUGCCUUCGUCUUCAAGGAGCUCAUCAUGGAGACAUCACGACCGCCAUCGGGGAGAGGAGAAAUUCGUGUCGACUGUAAUUUCGCCGGCGAUCAGCGGGAAGACUUGCUCGAUAUGUUUGACGCCGCUCCACGAUCACGGCAGAGCGGCGGUGAUUUCCGUCUGCUUGCACGCGUAUUGCUUGCAGUGCAUACGGCGGUGGAGCGAGUUGAAGAGGCGGUGUCCUCUCUGCAACGCGGAGUUCGAUUCCUGGUUCUGCGGGAUCAGCCUCUCGUCUCGGCGAUUUGAGACGGAGAAACUUUCGCCGCCUACAGCUCCGGUGAAAGCCAAGAGCUCCGUGGCGGUGGCAAUUCGGCGCGGCAGAUUCGCUUCUCGGAAUGCAUUACGGACGGUUCAUAAUGAUAACCGGAUAUCGCAGCCUUUACCUAGGCGGCGAACUUUUGCCGGAGGGGAAAGAAGGCUUCAGUGGCGGGAAAGCAUAUACAAGCAAUGCUUGCAAGCUGUUCCCAUGGCUGAUACUUCUCGUGGUAGGCAUAAGAACACAACAGUUGAAGGAAUGUUACAGAGAAUAGAACCAUGGAUCCGGAGGGAGCUGCAGGCUGUGCUCGAUGAUCCAGAUCCGUCUGUAAUUGUCCAUGUGGCCUCCUCGUGUUUCAUCGAAAGCGUUGAACGAAAAUCCGAUUUUCAAUCUGGCAGCAACGGUGCUGUGGGCGACUUGCUCGGUCCUAUAAGGCCUUUUCUGGGUGACUGGGCUGAUACUUUCUGGCAUGAACUUAGAUGUUUUGCUGAAAGUUCACUGAAUAUGGAAACAUAUGAUGAGGUUGUUAACUAUGUACCAUCACAAGAGUUUGAUGAAGCCAGGCCUCCAAGGAUACAUCUGCUCAGAUAAACUCGGAAAAGUUAUGGACUAGCUAGAUUCGUGAAGCUGCUUGAAGUGGUACCUGUGAAUGCUGUUGUAGGCAACCUUUUAAUAUUUUCAGCCAGGGGAACUAAAAUAGGCAAAUAGUCAGGUGGCGAAAAGGAUCACCCUGCUCCCUGAAGUCGAUGGCGCAUCAAAUGAUCAUCUAUUUCCUCCAGAAGCAUCGACUUUGUGUAGGUACAUACAUUAACCAACUCUGCUGAUCGUUACUUAUUCCAAUGAUAUUGUUUCAAUUGCUCCAAACUCCUCUAUGUAUCUCUGUUUUACUCAUAUGGUUCGGUCAGUUCUAUAUAGGUCCUACUUCCCAUGGUAUCUUGAGCGAUUUUACUUUCUUCUCUUGAACAGAUGGAUGGUACAAUGUUGUCAACCGCUGCACCAACCUGACUCUUUGAUUCAUCACACUUCAUCUGCUUCGGCGAUGAGGAUUUAUCGUAAAGAGGAAAGUGGAGGUACGGAAAGCUCUCUGAUCUUGCCCUGUGUAUGGAACGAAGGGGGGUGCCGAGAUGCUGGCUACCAUCCUUCUCUACAGCAGGUCUCCUUAAGUAACUGAUACUAGGGAUGGAAGCAAGAUAUCGUCUUGAGAUCUAUAGUUGUUGAUACUUAUAUAUAUUUUACUUGUAAUUUAACAUCAAUAACAUUGUCUUUCUAUGUCGAAAAUAUCAGUUGUUGUUUGUUCACAAAUGUACUGUCACAAGUGAAGAUAUAAAACAAUACGUGUUAUUUUUGCCACUCUUUACACAUCAAUGACAUGAUAGAUUACAUUAUACAAAUACAUAACAAACAUUACAACUUGGACCAGAAAGCACAAACGAAAGUGAUCUGGGUUAGAACACGAACUGGAAUCCUAGUUGAUGCUGCCACGGUUUUCGUCGAACAUCUUCCUUGUCGACAUGAUUGGAAGGGCUAUUCUUCCUCUGGUUCUUCCUCUUCCUGAAGAAGAUUUUCCCUGUUAUCGUGGGCCCAAAAACCUCUUACAUCUAUGAGCAUGCUAGCAACUGUUCCACCCUGUUUACAAGAGAGCAGAUCGGCCAGGGUGAUCCUCAGUUCAUCGGCUGGCUUCACCAUGUCCCAGAUCUCGUCUCUCACAUCCUCUAUACACAGCUCGUAGUUCCCACCCUCAAUCCAUUUGUGAUGCACGUCUCUGUUUCGUAAUCACCAAAAUUCAUGAAUGUAAGCAUAUUGAAAUUUAAACGAUAAUGGACUUGGGACAUCAUACUUGUGACAUGAAAAGACUGCAAAAGUUUUGCUCAGGCACUACAAGCAAAAGACUGGUGAUCGUCACUUAUUCCUAGAUUUCUGGAUUUUUAUGUCUCUGCAUAUAUGAGACUUGCAGAGCUAGCUCAAGCACUACAAGUAGGAAACAACAGAUUUACUCUAGGAAGACUGUAUCAGGUGGCAGCCUAACUCAAUGAUGCUCCCCUUCUUUGCUUCCAUACGAAAAUUAGCGGGUUUCGGAGCAGAUAUUAAUAAAUGAUUGAAAGCGUUCACCUGAAAAGGGAGUGAAUAUCAGCCGUUGUUAGAAAUCCCCUCCCCUGAAGAUCGAGACAGCGGAACAAAUAUGUCAGCCCUUCAGCAGUGUCUUUAUUCUCCAGGGCCAGAACAAAGUCAAGGAAACUUU